AUGGGGUUCCCCUGGGGUAUCGUUGUGGUCCUGAAGCGCGACUGGACUCCCAUCAGUCGGAUUCGCAAAAGAUACGAAUUUGACGGCUCAGGUCGCCUUUUCUUUCCAGAACUCAUUGUUCUGCAGAAAGACACCAUUGCCUGGCUUCCAAGACAAGAGUCCUUCCGGAAAGCCGGUGACUAUCGCGAAUGGGUCUACAUCGCACUCUAUUACCCGUCUCUACCGGUUCUCUUGGAUGCAAAUGGAAGCGGGAGUAUUCAUUGGGAUUCCUUGGAGGACUACGAACACCCGUAUGAUGAGCGCCUGGUCGAGAUUCCUGUCUCCCAUCUCAGCGCUGAAGUCUUUAUUCUUCGAGAUUUCGUGCCUAGAGUGCCUGAAAACGAUGCUCUAGCUGCCCGAUAUCCUCCCGGAGAAGUAGGCAUCUUCUUGAAGGGCGAUAUAGCCACGCACGAGGACUUCUCCAUGCACCCUCCCAUGAUUCUCAGGGUCCAUGGCGCAGGUUGGACUGUCGAUGAACAGAGAAGACACUGUCUUAUUCCUUAUAGCUUUGUGAGAUAUGGUCCCCCGCCGACAGAACUUCCCCUGGAUGCGUUCACCAAUGCCAACAACACAUUGAGGAUGUCGUCCUCCGCCUCCGAGCCUCCCCCUGAACAAACUCCUAUCGCGAAGCACCCAGGGAGCACCUCGAACAUCGCUCCUCGAGUAACAGUUCGGCCCAAGGAAGAAUGGACCGAAUACAGUGCUAGUUGCGCCUUCCUCGUCCACCCGACCACAAGGCCCUUUCAUAGCCUUGCCGCAGGCACCAAGGCCCUUGUCACCUUAAGUCAGAAGCCGCGAGGUCUAUCUGACAGCCCCCUCACCACCAUUCGGCCUGUUCAACAGCCCGAGACUGGCCUCGCCUACAUACUCCCCAGGGUCGACGCGAGGGUCGACGUCCCCACCCCAUUCCUCCGCAUCGGCAUUCGAAUUGUCAAGGAUCAUGGACCAGGUGUUCCGGAGUUUGACAGCGUGACGCCCAUCAUGCUUAAGACUAGCACAAAGACUAGCACCAAUACCACUCAGGCUGAGAAGGAAUCUUCCAAGGCCGGCGAUAUAGCUGUUUGCGACCACUUUGCCAUCGACGUGCCCGAUAUCAACGUGAUCAAGAAGCUUUACCCUAGCGCCGGUAAACAUUCGGGCUGUAGGGUUUCUGGUGUCAAGCAAGCUAUUCCCCGCGACUUUGUCGAGUAUGGCUUGCAAACAGCCGGUUCUGUUACCAGCAAGAACCAGUUAAAUGAUUGGUUGCGCGUCAGUGUUGACAUUCUCGGUAAGUGA